GGAAAAUUGAUUUAAAAAUGUCAGAUUUAGAUUUGUAAGGUUAUGUUUUUUUGAGUAAAAUUAAUUUAAAAUUUAAUAUUUUGUUAAUUCCCUAAUAAUUAAAUACCAAAUUUUCCUUAUUUCCUAGUUAAGUAAUUACCAGUUAAAUAAUGUGCACAAAUAUAGCAAAAAUCGUGUCGAAAAGUCUAACUCCUUUUAUGACCGUAAAUCCACUACUACACCAACAAAUAAGGACUACAUUUAUAUUGAAACGUAAGUUCGCCCCUCAAUUGCAUAAAAAAGGCGACGUUCCUAAGCCUUUGAGAAGCAGGCACUACAUCUACGAGCUGGUAGAGGAUACCGCAAUUCAAAAACAAGAAGACAUUAAAGUUAUACUGACUACUUCUGUUGAGGGUUUAGGGAAUUUUGGAGAAACCGUCUCUGUGAAACCUCGUUACGCCUACAAUCAUUUACUUUUGCCUGGUUUAGCUGUAUACGCCACUCCCGAGAAUGUUGAAAAGUACAAAGAGUAUGCAAUAGAUGCUACAAAAGUCCAAAAAUAUAGCUCACCCAAUGCUUUAUUUAUGAUGAAAAUACUAUCUUCAGUCACUCUAUCAGUUGUAAUGAACAAAGAUAAUGCUUGGACAAUCCAGCCUUGGCAUAUUAAAGUCUCUUUCCGUAAAUGCGGCUAUAUGGUACCAGAAGAUGCAAUCACUCUGCCAGAAAUUCCCAUUAAAGGACCUAAUUUGGAUUUGGAAAAUAAAGAAUUCUUUGUUACAGUGACUAUGAAUAAAACAGAAAAAGUCAAUGUAAGAUGUAGAUUGCACCAUUGGAGUACGGACAUUGUAGAGAGAUUACCAUUUGCUGAGAAAUUUUGGGAACAGCCUAGCGAAGCUGUUUGUCCAGAGUUUGAGGAUGUUUUAGUCCAGAUUCCCAAGAAAAGGCAAAUACCUGUAACAACUGUUUAAGAAAAUAAAAUUGUUUUAUAUUUUUUAUUCAUUUUUGUACUAGGAACCCAGUAACAUGAGUUGUAAGAGGAUAAGCAUUAAUCUGCUUCAUAAUUUUGUAAAUUUCAAUCCGAUACAAUUUUUUUUUCAGAGCCGAGAGCCGGUAAUAGAAAAACAAUUACUUUGGCACUAGCUGACGUCACACACAUAGCCUCACUUUCGAUGGGGGGACAAAUAAAGCGUCUGAUGACGUCAUCUGGGGGUGCCUAAGCAAACAAAAUUUUCAGCCUUAAGCAACGUUACCACAUAUUUUUAAGUGGCUGUAGUUAAAGCUUACAGGGAUAGCCGUGUUACAGAGUUUUCAGUGACAACUAUUGAAUAGAAAUCGACUUUUUUGUAAGCCUUAUCGAUAUAUAUUUUUUUAUAUUCCCAGGCUCUUGAAUUUUCUUAAUUUAUUUUAAUUAUGGAAAAAUUAAAUCAUAAAU